AUGUCUGUCGACACAGAAGUCAAGAUCAGCAAGGAGGAGCGCCGCAAGCAGAAGGAGGAGAAGAAGGCUCGCAAGGCCACCAAGGCCGCUGCCGCCACCGAGGCCGGCGAGGCUGUCGUCGAGGAGACCAAGAAGGAGAAGAAGGACAAGAAGCGCUCGCGUGACGAGGAGGGUGGCGACGAGGUCAAGAAGUCGAAGAAGUCCAAGUCCAAGUCGGGCGAGGCUACUCCUGCUCUUGACACUGGCGCUUCGACCCCUCAGAGCACCGAGGUCUCGACCCCGGCUGAGGGUGAGGCUCCUGCCCUGUCCAAGAAGCAGCUCAAGAAGCUCAAGGCCGCUGCCGCUGCCUCCGAGGCUUCGACUGCCGCUGCCGCUUCCAUCCCUGCUCCUGCCGCCUUUACCGCUGCCGACAAGGCCUACCUUGCCGAGCAGAACAUCACCCUCGAGCCCUCCCUCUUCCCCCCUCACCUCGACAUGUCCACUCUUGCCGUCAACGCCUCGAUUGCCAAGUUCCUCACCGUCUUCCCCAAGCCCACCCCCAUCCAGGCCGUCUCGUGGCCCGCCCUUCUCGCCAAGCGCGAUGUCGUCGGUAUCGCCGAGACCGGUUCGGGCAAGACCCUCUCGUUUGGUGUCCCCGGUGUCAACCACAUUGCUUCGCUCCCUGCUCCGGGCAAGAAGGGCAAGGGCAAGCUCGCCAUGCUCGUCCUUGCUCCCACCCGUGAGCUUGCCCAGCAGUCGUUUGACACCCUUGUCAAGCUCGGCAAGGAGUGCGGCGUCGCCGCCGUCGCCCUCUUUGGUGGUAUGCCCAAGGGUGACCAGAUCCGCCAGAUCAACACCGAGGGUGUCCGCAUCGUUGUCGGCACUCCCGGCCGUACCCUCGACCUUGCCGACUCGGGCGACCUCGACCUCUCGUCGGUGUCGUACCUUGUCCUUGACGAGGCCGACCGCAUGCUCGACGCCGGUUUCGAGAACGACAUUCGUCGCAUCAUUGCCCACUGCCCCAAGCACGAGGGCGGUCGCCAGACCGUCAUGUUCUCGGCCACCUGGCCCGAGUCGGUCCGUCGCCUCGCUUCGACUUUCCUCACCAACCCCGUCAAGGUCACUGUCGGCUCGGACGAGCUCUCGGCCAACAAGCGUAUCACCCAGGUCGUCGAGGUCCUCGACACUGGCCGCGACAAGGACCCCCGUCUCGCGUACCACCUGCGCACCCACCUCAAGGCCGCCCCCGGCUCGCGUGUCCUCGUCUUUGGCCUGUACAAGAAGGAGGCCCAGCGCCUGGAGCAGACCAUCCGCCGCUCAGGCCACAAGGUCGGCGCCCUCCACGGCGACAUGAACCAGAACGACCGCUUCAAGGCCCUCGAGGCCUUCAAGGACGGCUCGGUCAACGUCCUCGUUGCCACCGACGUUGCCGCCCGUGGUCUCGACAUUCCCGACGUCCAGCUCGUCAUCAACGUCACCUUCCCCCUCACCACCGAGGACUUUGUCCACCGCUGCGGUCGUACCGGCCGUGCCGGCAAGACUGGCCGUGCCGUCACCUUCUUCACCGGCGAGGCUCACGAGCGCGCGCUCGCUGGCGAGUUUAUGCGCGUCCUCCGCGACGCCGGUGCCGAGGUGCCCAAGGAGAUGGACCGCUUCCCCAACACCAUCAAGAAGAAGGAGCAUGGGGCCUAUGGCAGCUUCUACCGCGAGACAACCAACGCUCCUGCCGCUACCAAGAUCACCUUUGACUAG